AUGCAUCCGCUAGCACCCCCGGUAGUUGUUGGUUCAGAGAUUUAUGUAGUCGGAGGACAAUGGUCACCGUCCUCAGCUGUGCGGGUCCUAGAUUGUCGCAGUAACACUUGGCGUGAUGCCCCUAGCAUGAUCGUACCCGGGAAGUUCGCGAGGAUAUGUGUCUACGAUGGAAAAAUCUAUGUAAUGGGAGGUGGCCAAGGGUUAGAUAAUGAAUCAUGGGCGGAAGUAUUUGAUACAAAGACGCAGACUUGGGCAUGCCUCCCCGAUCCGGGUACUGAGGUACGCAAGUGUGUACCUCAGUACACACUUGCGGAAAGAUUUGAGGAAAGAUUUACGGAGAUGGACGGAAAGAUUUACUUUGAAAAUAAAGACAAUACGAUGUAUGCUUAUGACACAAAGCAAGGUAAAUGGGAAUGUGGUAAAGGCGUUAUUGCAACGUUUCCGAUGUCAAAAUGUGUGAUAGAGAAUGUAUCCUACUCCUAUGGUCUACAAGGUCACGGGUGCUGCUGGUAUGACAUUAAGUCUGGUGUAUGGAAAGAAGUGAAAGGGUUAGAAUUAAUAAAAGACAAGGACAAGAGGAGGGGUUGGAAUAAUCUUGGUAAACCUAAAGUAGUUAGCUUUGGUGGGAAACUCUUGCUUCUUUAG